UUCCACCUGCAUACGUCAUCAGCCUCGGUCGGAAUUGGCGGGUCGCAAAAUCUUUUGUCUGACCGAGUAACGAGUGUAUUUCUGCAAAAACCUUUUCUUAAAAGCAUUUCAAACGCAUCGAGGUGCUUUCAAAAAAAUAAACAAAUCAUAAAUUAGCACUCGUUUGGGGGUGUUGCCGCGCCGAUAUUUUAUUCAUCCGAAGCUCUUUUGACGUUGACAAGGAACCAGAAGGUUCCGCAGACUCUUCCCCGACGAUUAUGAGCCAGCCAACAGACAACACUAGUGAUGCUGCCGGUGUCACCUCAGAACCUGCACCGGCAACUGCCAAACUGGCAUCCACCGGAGGAAAGAAACAGACCAAGAAGAAGGUGGAAGAGGUGUUAGAAGAGGAAGAGGAAGAAUAUGUGGUGGAGAAAGUUCUGGACCGGCGGGUGGUGAAGGGCCGAGUCGAGUACCUGCUCAAGUGGAAGGGCUUCACAGAGUGCGUGAGGGCAAUAAACAUUGAGGACAACACAUGGGAGCCUGAAGAUAACCUCGACUGUCCAGACCUGAUUGCAGAGUUCCUGCAAUCACAGAAGAAGGCCUUGGAUGAGAAAAAAGAUGUGGGUGUCAAGAGGAAAGUGGGAGAGUCAGAUAAUGAGACAGGCAGUGAAGACAGGCCUAAGAAGAGGAAAGAUGAGGAGAAACCACGAGGCUUUGCUCGGGGAUUGGAUCCUGAACGCAUCAUCGGAGCCACAGAUUCCAGCGGAGAACUGAUGUUCCUCAUGAAGUGGAAAAAUUCAGAUGAGGCAGAUCUUGUGCCAGCAAAGGAAGCGAACGUGAAGUGCCCGCAAGUAGUUAUUUCAUUCUAUGAGGAACGACUAACGUGGCACUCGUACCCCAACGAGGAAGAGGAGAAGAAAGAUGACAAAAACUAAACAAGAGGCAGAAAUGAGCAGCAUGGUGGUUAUUGACAGAGUGGUAGAUAAUUGGUUUGCUUUUUCGUUUUGUUUUUUGUUUUGUUUUUUAAUAAACUUUUAAACUUUUGCCAUAAA